GCCUCCUUUCUGAUUAUUUUCUUCAGAUUUGUGUCUGAGUGGUUGGUCUAAAUGCUUUAUUUCAUUUCUUAGGAAUCUCUCAUAUAAUAACUUAUCCGGGGUCAUUCCUCUAAUGAAGAACUUCUCUCGGUUUUCAGCUGACAGGUAUUGAGGGAAACUGUAGGAUUUUCUCGGUUUCUUAAUUCAUUUAUCAACUACUUGUAAUGUGAUAUGUUGCAGCUUUAUUGGAAAUCCAUUGUUAUGCAGAAAUUGGUUAGGAUCCAUAUGUGAUCCUUACGUACCAAAAUCCAGAGGUGUGUGACAUUCUGAGAUGACUUGAUAGUUACAAUUAUAUGUAUGAUGAUUAUAUUUAUACAUAGGAUUGGUUUGUGAGGGGUAAAAUUUAUCUGACUACAAUGUUAAUAAUGGACCUUAUUGUGUACUUCUUUGUUCAGUGGUUUUCUCAAGGGCGGGCUGCAGUUCUUUGUCUCAUAGUUGGUACCAUCAUAUUAUUGGCGAUGGUAACUGUUGCUCUCUACAGAUCAACCCAAUCCAUGGAAUUGAUUAAAGGAUCCAGGGGAACUGAACAAGGUAUGUUCAAGAUGAUACUGUUUAGUAUUGUUAUGUGAGCGAAAUUCUCAUUUGUUUUUCUCUUUCUCUUCCUUCUCUUCAGGGCCAUCCAUACUUGUAAUUCUUCAUAUGGGCUUGGCCAUCCACACCUUCGAUGAUAUCAUGAGAGUUACUGAGAAUCUCAGUGAGAAGUAUAUUGUAGGAUAUGGUGCCUCAGGUACCGUGUACAAGUGUGUUUUGAAGAAUUCCCGGCCAAUUGCAAUUAAACGACUAUACAACCAGCGUCAACACAACCAAGGGAGUUUGAGACAGAACUUGAAACUAUUGGAAGGCAUCAGACACAGGAAUCUUGUCACUUUGCAUGGUUAUGCUCUAACUCCUAAUGGAAAUCUUCUCUUCUAUGACUAUAUGGAGAAUGGCUCUCUGUGGGAUCUUCUACAUGGUCCCUUGAAAAAGGUAAAACUUGAUUGGGAAGCACGCUUGAGGAUUGUUGUGGGAGCUUCUGAAGGACUUGCUUACCUCCAUCAAAACUGCAAUCCUAGAAUUAUUCACAGGGAUAUUAAGUCCUCAAAUAUCCUGAUAGACGAGAACUUUGAAGCUCGUCUCUCUGAUUUUGGCAUUGCCAAAUGUUUGUCAACUACAAGAACACAUGCAUCAACAUCUGUGGUUGGGACAAUAGGAUAUGUUGACCCUGAGUAUGCCAGAAGUUCUAGGUUGAAUGAAAAAUAUGACGUGUAUAGCUUUGGUAUUGUUCUACUUGAGCUACUAACAGAAAAGAAAGCAGUGAAUAAUGAUUCCAACUUGCAUCACUUGGUAAGUGCUUUCCGCAUUUUUUUUCUAAUGAUUCUGUCUUACCAAACACAUUUGUGUAUGCAAAAGAACUCAUACAUGGCUUGCAGAUAUUAUCUAAGACAGAUAACAACACUAUAAUGGAGACUGUGGAUCCUGAGGUGUCUAUUACCUGCAUGGAUCUGACCCAUGUUAAGAAGACCUUUCAGCUUGCUCUUCUUUGCACAAAAAGAAACCCUUCUGAGAGGCCAACUAUGCAUGAGGUUGCCAGGGUUUUGGCAUCACUACUCUCAGCACCUCUCAGCAACAUCUUUGCUCCUCCUUCAAAGACCAUUGAUUAUGCACAAUUUGUGAUUCAAAAGGGAAACAACCUCCAUCCCCCACAUAUGGAAAGGUUACAAUCUCAGAAGUGCUCUAAUGAUCAAUGGUUUGUUGGAGAAUGUUGUAUCAAAUAACAGCCUAUAGGCAAAAAGCCAAAGGUUGGAGUGAAGAGGGUGGUGAAAGAACUCCAAUCAUUUUGAAAAUUAUUUGAUAAUUUCCCCUGAAACCAUUGGAUUGUUAUAGUUUUGUAGACUACCAAGUCUUCAACAUUUAACAGUAAAGAGAAUUUCCACUGUACUUUGUACAAGUAUUAGUCUUUAGGGGGUAGUCAUCCUCUCUUUUCGGACAGUUUAUGUGAAUUGAAUUCCAACAACAGUAAGGAUGUGCCAAGUAGUAUAUAUAUAUAUAUAUAUAUAUAUAUUCUUAUGUAUGUGCAAGAAAACUUUAGAAUGAUAUGAUAAAAUGUAGAUUUUUUU